UGAAGAUAUUAGUAGGCCUUCUUACGAAACAAAAAUUAGAUCUCGAAGAAGAAAAAGAAAUCUUCCAAAUCUCAUGAAAGGAAUCGACAUUGGAACUGGACCAACGCUUCACGGUGGUAUUA